AUGUCCACCCCACAAGACACCCACGGCGUCAGUGCUUUCUGGCGGGACACCGAACCGCCCACCUGCCGCAUGCAAAUCCUCUCCCUCAUCGAGGACAUUCCCUCCGCCACGGACCUCGUGGAGAAUCCCCGCUUCCGCAACUUCAUCUACGUCUGGAUGCAGCGCGCGCGCGCCGACUCGCUCCCGCCCACCCGCCUGUACGGGAUCAUCAUCUGCGGCGACCGGGUACGGCUGUACACUGAAUUCCCCCGGGGCCACGAGCACCACGAGACCGGGAUGCUGCAGUUUCAGUAUCAGGGACGUGAGGUGUUCUCCUCACACAGGGACGAGGCGGUGUUCCGCGAGUUCAUAGACGUGGUACAGGCACUGCGGUACGAGGACAUAGAGCAGGGGCAGGUGGAUCGGGCGUACGCAAAGAUCCGGAGGGGGGAGCUGCCACCCCCGGAGGAACGGGCGACGCCGGCGAAUCGAGGGCCCUGGACGAUUCAUAACACCUCGGACCCCGCAGGAGGCGGACGGGCAUCAUAUCAUGAAUGUGACGUUAAGAGAUCUGGAUUAUGCCGCCCCUGUGGUGUGGAAGGUGAAUGUUACUGA